GUCAAACGCACCAUAGAUACGCGCGCGCGCUCACCUCCAUCACGGGGAAGCGCGUGGAGUUGUCAGAUUUUUACGGAAUAAUCCCGAAUAUCAGCUUGUUUGCGUUGAGACGGAGAUAAAUUGUGCCGUCAAGUUAGUAUUAUUUCAGAGGACAAUAUCUUGUGUGUGAGGUGCACCCAAUGCUGUGCAUGAUAUCAUCAUUCCCUUUGAGAUGACCGAGGAGAACUGAAAGACACCCUGGCGCCACCUCAAGGUUUCUACUUCUCUGUCUCCUGCCUCCGCUCCUCUAUGGGUUCCCGAAGUCAGGGCUUCUUCCACCACCAAGACCACCAUCACCAGCAUCAUAACCACCACCACCAUCACCACCACCGCAGUUCAGUGGUGCCCACCACCAUCCCCCGCCUGCUGCCUGAAGCCACCAGCCUACUAGGAGGCAUCGCCCAAAUCACUCCCUCUCUGUUUCUGGGACGGGGGAAUGUGGCGUCUAAUCGAAGCCUCCUCCUGUCCAAAGGGAUUACCUGCGUGGUGAAUGCCACCAUCGAGCUGCCCAACUUCAACUGGCCCCACAUGGAGUAUGUAAAAGUGCCGCUCGCUGACAUGCCUCACUCCCCGAUCUCGCUUUAUUUCGACAGUGUAGCGGAUAAGAUCCACAGUGUGGGCCGCAAGCGGGGAGCUGUGCUGGUGCACUGUGCAGCCGGUGUGAGCCGCUCUGCCUCGCUCUGUUUGGCCUACCUCAUGAAGUACCACAGAGUUUCCUUGGCUGAGGCCCACGCCUGGGUCAAAGCCCGUCGACCUGUCAUCCGCCCUAAUGGUGGGUUCUGGCGACAACUGAUUGAGUACGAGAGGAAACUGUUUGGCAGAAACUCUGUGAAAAUGAUCCAGACGCCAUACGGAGUCAUUCCCGACGUGUAUGAGAGGGACCGCAGGAACUUGGCACCUUACUGGGGCUUGUGAACAGGGCCUGGUUCAUUUGUGGAGGACUGGUCUGAUCUUUGACGCUUACGUCUUCCUGCCUCUUUCUGUACAUCCAAGUGUCCCACCUGCCAGAGAAUGAAGCAAGAUGUCAAUUAUUAGGAGGAAAGAGUCUGGAUUCCGGAGUGAAUGCUGAAAUGAGUCUUGCUGAUGAUGAUAAUGGUUUUAGGAGCACUUUGGGAAGCAAGCAGGGAGCUGAGGAUCAGGAGUUCUGUCCUUGUUUGAGAGUUGGCAGUGGUAAUGUUUGUUUCAGUUUGGUUGUCGUCUUUGUCCAGAGGCAGCCAUCUGAUAAUAACCAUUGGUAGCAUAUAAAAAAAUUAUAUUAUACAAUUCUAUAAAGAUGUAUUUAAACUUAUGCAGAAAAAAA